GUCAUGUAGCUUGGCUGCUACAAUGUGCAUCUAUUCCUAUAUUGUUAUCAUUAUCGUCGUUCUGGUGAUUAUCGGAAUUAUUUUGCUGCACGCUCUCAAGGUCGAAUAGGAAUGUCGCAAAUCGGUGUUUUCAGCAUUUCGACAUGGAACACUGGCCAAACGCGUCGCCCGCUUAUAAGCAAAACGCGUGGUGGCAUGGCACUACAUUUCUCGACUCGAAACAAAGCUGUGGAGAUGCGUCUAAGCCUAACCCACCUCAUGAGCCUAUUCCUGCUGCUGAUCUGCGGCCAGGCGCUAGUGACCGCCCGACCACAGAAUCCAUGCGGUCCACCGCCCAGUGGAUAUCCGCCUCGUGGACCGCCGCCGUCGGGUCCACCACCUGAUGACCGCUGCCCACCACCAACGUCGACUACCGUCGCCUCGGGCUAAGCGAGAAGCGCAAAUUUUCGGACUGCAAUCAACACGGCCAAAAUCUCGUUUCGCGUGCUUCUUUUAUAUAUGUAUAU